AAAACACGUCGCCCUGUCUCCCUGGGUGAUCGAUUUGAUCGGAGAGUCAUCGUGGACGCCAUCACGGGGGAUCAGUCACUGAGGUGCUUUUUUGUUGGUCUCUGGCCGGAUAUACCUGUUUCAUCCAGCUUUGCAGUUGAUCUUAGUUGUCUUUCAACCUCUUUGCUGUUUCGUGGCCUAUGAGUUCUAUUUCCCCACAUUUUCUUGCCGCGCAGUACUGUAACUGGAAGAAGCAAGAUGAUAAAAGCCGUAUUGGUCAUGAACACGCAGGGGAAGCCCCGUCUUGCAAAAUUUUAUGAAUUUCGGCCUGUGGAGAAGCAGCAGGAACUAAUACGUAAUGUGUUCUCAGUCCUAUGCAGUAGAGCUGAAAAUGUUAGCAGUUUCGUGGAUGCUGAGUCCAUCUUCGGUCAGGAUGCUCGCCUUGUCUACAAGCACUAUGCAACUUUGUACUUUGUGUUCAUAUUUGAUAGUUCUGAAAAUGAGCUGGCUAUGCUUGACUUAAUACAAGUCUUUGUUGAAACACUGGACAAAUGCUUCAGAAAUGUUUGUGAACUUGACGUAGUGUUCAACUAUAGCAAGAUGCAUUCUAUUCUGGAUGAGAUUAUCUUUGGAGGCCAGGUUUUGGAAACAAGUUCAACUGAGGUUAUGAAGGCUAUCGAAGAAUUGUCAAGGCUAGAGGCGGCCUCCAAUGCUAUCAACCUGGUCCCAAAAUCUGUUUCUGGUUGGAGGACGCGGUAGUCUAAAAUCAGUUAAGAUUAUAUUGAUACGUUCCAAGUGUUAUGAAGGACGGGGCUGCACUUUUUGUCGGGAGAGUCGAUGACAUUUAUUUUGGAUAUUCUGAAUCUGAAGUAAAACCCUCUACGCUGAGGGACAGAAUAAAAUCCAUCCAAAUGCGAAAGUUUAUAUCUGGAGCUAUUUUGAUUGAAUUGGUGUGAUGAACCUUCUAAAAUUCCACUUAACCUGUCAUUUUUAUCUCUGUAAUUGCUUGCCAGAUUGAGGACGGACAGAAGAGGAAAAAUAAUACCUGCGAGAAUUGAAUUUCACUAUUGUUUCUUUCAGGACUGUACAUUUUACAGUAUUUUUCACCCAGAUUAAUCCUUCUCUCUUGUAGCAUAAGAUAUUUUAUAACUAUGUCUGCUGUACAA